CCGCUCGGUACCAUAGUUUGCCUCCCAGUAACAUUUUCAAUCAUGAUGGGGAAGUUACGGUGCGUUUUCUUGCUUUUGGCUUUCGUUGCACUUUCUAAUGCGCAAUCCAGAAAAUCCUUGCCCAAAAGACCAGCAGCACCAGUAGAUGAUGACGCCCUAACUUCCGACGAGUGCCCAGAACCAAAUGGUUUUUUCGCCGAUGCUGAACAAUGCGAUAAAUACUAUGCCUGCGUGGACGGUGUCAUCACUGAAAAAUUAUGCCCAGACGGUAUGGUUUUCAACGAUUACAGCACUGAAUACGAAAAGUGCGAUUUGCCAUUCAACAUUGAUUGCAAAUCGAGGCCCAAAUUACAAACUCCUCAACCCAGUGAACAUUGUCCAAGAAAAAACGGUUACUUUGCCCACGAAGAACGCAACAUUUGUGAUAAGUUUUAUUAUUGUGUCGAUGGUCAAUUUAACCAGAUCAUUUGUCCCAAUGGGUUGGUCUACAAUGAAAAUGCUGGCAUCUGCUCGUGGCCAGAUGAGGCUAAAAGAAAGGGAUGCACAUCACAAGAGGUCUUCCAAUUCGAUUGUCCCAAGGUGAACGAAUCUGAAGCUGCGACCCACCCAAGGUACGCGGACCCUGAAGACUGUCAGUUCUUCUAUGUUUGUAUUAAUGGAGACACUCCUAGAAGAAACGGGUGUAAGCUUGGACAAGUAUUCGACGAAGGGAGCAAGAGAUGCGAUUGGGCCAAAAACGUACCAGAAUGUGCUGAUUGGUACAAAGGCCGUUUAACUGAGCAACAACUUAAAGACUUAGAAGACCCUCCAACCCCUAAACCCAAAGUAACUAAAAUUUCCAAAAGGAGGAACCGACCACGUCCAACACCAGUAGAUGAAGAACUAGUUAGAUGAAGAAAAUAAAUAUUUCUAAUCUAAUUUACUGUAAUUUAAGUUUUUAAAUAAAAGUCUGUUCUAAGACAAGAAG